GACGCCUACACGACUUCAGAAAACAACUCAAAGAACGUGCCUAAUGAAACCCAUGCCGACUGACCCACAGCGAAACCGACAAAGGAGAACAUACUGAACUUCUGCUUAAAAGUGAAACUUUUGAAAACACGACUUUUGGGUAUUGCCGCGGUAUCAAGAUCAGCCUGGCAGAAGCAUUUUCCUGAGGAUCCAAUUUUGGGGUUGUCAUUUCCUGGCAUGGAAGCGCACCAUUGAGAGGAGACGUCAUCAUGGAAAUGGUCAUCAGCAGCAGCCCCAGCAAACACAACCAGUCAGCCGUGUUCACUUCAAUAUUCAAUUCUAGCUGUUACUUUGAUGAGGAGUUUAAAUACAUCCUGCUGCCUGUAUCGUACAGUCUGGUGUUUGUGGUGGGCUUCGUGCUGAAUGCUAUGGCUUUAUGGAUGUUCAUCAAGAUGCGUCCAUGGAACCCCAGCACAGUGUACAUGUUCCACCUUGCCUUGUCAGACUUCCUGUAUGUUCUCUCCCUGCCUACCCUCAUUUAUUACUAUGCCAAUCGCAGUCAUUGGCCCUUUGGUGUAGCUGCCUGCAAAAUAGUGCGCUUUCUGUUCUAUGCCAACCUCUACUGCAGUAUCCUCCUCCUCACCUGCAUCAGUGUGCACCGUUACCUUGGAAUCUGCCACCCCAUCAAGGCGCUGACCCUGGUGAAGUCCCGCCAUGCCCACUUGGUGUGCGGCCUGGUGUGGGCCGUGGUGACCGUGUGUCUGGUGCCGAACCUCAUCUUCGUCACCAUAUCCACGAGGGACAACUACACCUUGUGCCACGACACAACCAGUCAGAAUGCUUUCCGGAGGUAUGUGGACUACAGCUCUGUCGUCAUGGUGCUGCUAUUUGUCAUCCCUUUCCUGGUCAUCAUGGUGUCUUACUGCCUGAUGGCGCGGGCCUUGUGCCAGAAAAGACCGGUGUCUACCAGCAGGCAAGGCGCCGCCUCACGUCAGAAGUCCAUCAAGCUCAUCAUAGUGGUGUUGGUGGUGUUUGCUGUGAGCUUCGUCCCAUUUCACAUCACACGGACCGCCUACUACAUCACCCGCGUUCUGAAUCUGCCAUGUGAUUUACUCAACAUUGUCAACUUUACUUACAAGAUCACCAGGCCGCUGGCGAGCAUUAACAGCUGCAUUGACCCGAUUUUGUAUUUCCUGGCUGGAGAUCACUACCGCUCUAAAAUGAUCUCUGUUCUGACAAGAAAAAGACAGACGACAAGCAGCCAAACACUUGAAGAGGCACAAAUACAACCGAACAACAACACUGGCAUUGCUCUGGUCUACAAAAACACAAAAGCCAGAGAAAAGGAUGAGAGAUGAACUGUUAUAUUUUAUCUUUUCAGGAAUCUAAAGCAUUGAACAUGUAUUUAAGAGUGCUGCUUUAGACUCAGUAACAUUUCUUGCACUAACAUUACCAUCACCUGGGUGAUUUGCCUUUUUUGAGAAAUAUAAAAGAUUUUACUGUAAAAUCUAUGGAAAGUAUGAUUCCUUCGAUGACAUUUGUGUUUGUAAGACAAAUAAGUGUUGUUGUUUUUUUUAAAUCAAGGAGUCUGUACCCUUUCCUCAGCAUACAACCUCUUAACAAAAAGGGAUUCUUUAACAAAAUGUUAUUUGUAAUACACAGUAUAUAAAGUAUAUGUACUGAAGUAACUGUAAUCAAAGCUUUUUUAUUGAGAAAAUGGUGCCUAUGCAGAAGAAAAGUUUUAGAUUAUGUAAGUAGUGACUUGGCACAAGUGAUUACAGGUGCCAUAAAAUCAUAGAUGAUUCAGUUAGUGAAUUAUUGUCAUCUGAUCAAGGAGAGGUAAAUGGAAUAUGGCAAACAGUAGUAUAAACAUUUAUCUUGAUAUCUGACCAGGGAUAACAUAUAUUUUGGUUAUUGUCUUAGAAAUGAGAGAGUUAUGAUGCAAUCCUUCCUGUUGUAUCAACAGUGACAUUGAGUUACCCAGAAACUGCGGCUCCGACCAGUGCAGCCCAGCUGUUUUUGUCCUUCAAUAUUCACAGCUGUCUUUUGCUCAGCCGUGAAGAAAAACAGAGGGGCUGAUCUGGACGAGAUGGAGCUUUUCAAACCACCCACGCCUCAUUAGAGGGAUAAGGGAUUUUCCUUUUUUGCUUUUACCUUUGGCGUUGAUACAUGGAAUUAAAAACGUAUUUUUUUACUGAUCUAAGUUGAACCCCUUGAUAGUUUUACAGGAUGUGAAAGCAGUAUUGGAAAGUUUUACUUCAUGCUACAAAGUUGUUGUUUUUUUAACAUUGCUGUAUGAAUCCAUACUGGAGCAGAUGUAUCCAUGCUACACAUUGUCACUCAUGAUAUUAAUGAGCACCAUCUUUGAGGAUGUUUUUGUAAUUACAGGUUAAUAUGUAUCAUAAAAUAUUACUGCAUGAGUAAUGUUAUGGUUAGAAUGUGGGUAACUAUUACUAUAGUAACUGUUACUGUAUGUCACAUAACAUGAAGUGAUUGUACAAUAUAUCAAGUCAUUUUCUCACGCACUUUGACAAACAGAAACUAACUUCCCUGACCUACAGUGUAGUUGAUGUUUAAGGGAAGUGAAGGUAUGUGACCAAAACAGCAAAAAAGUAUUUUUCGUUGGAAAUCUGCCCUCAGUCAUAAAGAGUAAAAAAGACGCACCAUAGUUGGAGCAUCAAUUGGAAACACCACCAAAGCUUUUGGGUCACUUUGGGGUCACAUGUUUUUAUAUGACUACAAGAAAAUGAUGCAGUUUCCUUUUUGGGAUAGUGAAUGAAUACAUUAACACUGUAACAAUGAUAAAACAGUUACAUGAUGAUUCAAAAUUGAUCAUAAAUGUCUGAUUCACACUUUGAAUGUUGAUUCUCUCCUAAUGUUAAAUUUCCCCAAACUGCAAGUCACUGUAAAUCACACAUACUUUUCACACCUAAUGAUAGCAUCUAAUGUACAUUCUGUCUCAGCUGGUUCCAUCAUUUUAUUGCAGCUACACAGUCCUUUCAUUUAGGGCUACAACUAUUAUUGUCAUUAUUGAUUAAUGUGUUGAUGAUGUUCUUUAUUAAUUGAUCAAUCACUGGGUCUAUAUGAUGAUGAAAAACGUCAAUCAUUGAUUCCCAAAGCCUAAGAUGCAGCAUAAAAUGUCUCGUUUUGUCCCAACCGACAGUCCACAAUUUAAAAAUAGUAAGUCUACUAUCAAAGAAAAUAAUCACACUUAAGAAACUGGAAGUGUGGAAGUUAAUUUUCUUAAAAAAUGACUCAAAACAGUUUGAUUGAUUAUCAAAAUAGUUGGCAAAGAAUUUUCUGUCAAUCCACUAAUUGAUACAUUGCUUAAUCAUUGCAGCUCAACUUGCAUUGAUUGAACUAUUCAAACCUAAGAUCUUCUAAUUUUAUAUCUGAAUUUUUACGUCAUGAAUAGAUUUGAUGCCUAAUUCGUGUUUGGUAUCUUUGGAUACUUUCAGCUUUUUGACAAAAACUAAAAUAAUCUGUGGUUCUGAACAAAGUUUGUCCAUACGAUAUGAAUAGUGUUGUGGAAUUUCUGUAAUAAAAACACAAAGCGAGUUGUCUGUCGGACUUUAAUUGACACACAUACAGGACUCUUAAAUCUGGAUUAGACAGAGAGACCAAGAGUUAAGUCAAAUGUUUACUUACAGUCACAGCCACACCUGACACAGAAAGUUGCAGAACAAAGAUCAUGAGACUACACAAACUUAAAGGUACAGUGUGUAGAAUAUAGUGGCAUUAAUCAGAAAAGACUUUGUAAAAAUGGAAUCUAUUAUUUAUAAGUAUGUUUUGAUUAGUGUAAAAUCACCUGAAAAUAAGAUUUAUUGGGUUAUGUCAGAAUUAGCACGUAGAUCUACUUAAGGAGCGGGUCAUGUUUUCAUGGAGGCUUCCAUGUUUCUACAGUGGCUCGGAACAGUCAAGCUAAACGCUGGCUUUAGAAAGAGCCAUUCGCGUUUCAAAUUUAGUAGGCGUUAACACCAGUUAAAAGACAACGAAGUAGAAGAAGAUGAAGUUGUUGCUGUUGAACACAUUUUAUAUUGUGAGAGGUUUAUUGAAACAAAAAACAGAUAAAUGGAGGAUUAUUAUUUAUUACAAGAAAAAGCACAGGAGCGUGACUCGCUGUCAUCAAAGAAAAGAAAACACAAACAAGCUGAACGAAACAGACAAGUGACGGUAUAAAAUGAGAAUAAACACCACAGACUACUGAGAGUUUUGAAAAAGGACUUAAAAUAUUUCUUUUUAGCAGAACCUUUGACUUUUAUUAUCUUGCUUUUUAUUAUGUUUAAUAUUAAUGUUUUUACCUUGUAGCACUUUGAGAUUUGCUUCAAAUGUAAAGUGUGUUACAAAUAAAAUGUAUCAUUAUUAUUAUUAUAUUUCCCCCUGCCGCUAAUGGUUCAAAACCUGAUAAUGUACAAUGUUUAUUUGCAUUAGCCUUAGUUUGUGUCUCAGAUAGGCUAUUUUUUUUAGCACACAGUAGCUUCAGUUUGUGUCUCUCUCUCUCUUGUGAGCUGCUGGUAAUGUUAGCGUUAGCAAGUUUCAGAAAAGACAACAUAGUUGUGCUAUUAACCCAACGAUUCUUUUAUUUUCUGUGGCACUAAGAGACAACAUGUGGACUGAUAACUAAGAUAUUUAGGACUGGCAGUGUGCUAAAGACAAUAGGUUAAAGUAAUGACUAAGUGUGAAAGAUAAACUGAGGACAAGUCUGCUCAUCAAGAUCCAAGGCUCCCAGCAUCUUAGGAUGUAUCGUAAUGUACUACAGGAAUGUGUGACUGUGUCAUGUAGCACUUUUUUCUAUCUAUGUUUUGUUUCUCCCGCACUA